GCUGGAUUUGUUACAAAAUUUUUGGUUUGUCAUUUACGACACAAAUUAGGCAAUACUAUUUUUCCAAUUUUGUUAUUUUGUGUUCGCUGUAGUCAUUUUGCUUUACUAAUUGCACAUAAUUAAAUCGUGGUUUGAAAAGUGAACUCUGACCUUACAUUGUUGCAGCAAUGGGUUUCCUGAGUUAUGUAUUUGGGCCGAAAUUGUAUCAGGAGUAUGGUUUGGAUAAGAAACUUUACGAACCUGGUGGUUUGGAGCGAAUUGGUGAUCAAAUAAUAUCCACGCUUUCUUUGAUGUGGAACAUUAGUUAUUACACUUCUCCGUUUAUAGUGACAUUCUUGUAUAAAAGAGGCUAUUUGGUGGCAGAUUCAAUCUCCUCGUUCGCCAAAUUUUCUACCAGUAUCGGUAUUAUUGUUGUUAUAACACUAUGUAUCCGUGGCUUUGGACGCACACAAUCGAAAUCUUAUGUAAAAAUGAUUAAGGCAAUUGAAAUGUCUAAGUUAUCCUCCUCCAAUGAAGAAACAAAGCGUGAUCUUCGAAAGUUCGAUUUUGAUUUUAGUUCAUGGCAGGUGGACUUCGAUGCACGUAGUGUGCAAGGUGAUGAGAAGAAAAAACAAUUGAUAUCUACCAGUAGCCGUGACUCUCGUCAAUUGAGAUUUGCCACUUUGCCUUGCAAAGUUGCCGCGUACAUUGCCAUUCACACUUUUGGCAUACGAAUGAUUUACCCUGGAUACAUAAAAUUAUUGCAAAAUUAUUUGAAUAGCUUCUUAAUUGAAGGGCGUGCAAAACUGGUUGAGGAGCACAAAGCCAUGAGGUACAAAGUGAAAACCGUAGAUAACAAUGAGAUCGAUAGUAUUUUUGUGGACAAUCGUCAGAACGGGAGCACAAACGGCAAUACACUUGUAAUUUGCUCUGAAGGAAAUGCCGCAUACUAUGAAAUUGGUAUAAUGAGUACACCGCUCUCGCUAAAAUAUUCAGUAUUAGGAUGGAAUCAUCCCGGUUUUGCCGGUAGCACUGGUGCACCGUACCCUGAACAGGACAAAAACGCUAUUGAUGCUGUUGUACAGUUAGCUAUUCACCGUCUGGGCUUUGCUGUCGAAGAUAUUAUUUUGUACGGUUGGAGUAUUGGUGGCGUGAGCGCAUUGUGGGCAUCAAACCUAUAUCCCGAUGUGAAAGGAGUGAUUUUAGAUGCAACAUUCGAUGAUAUAUUGUACCUUGCACAAUCGCGCAUGCCUGAGAGUCUAUCGGGUAUAGUAAGACUUGGUAUACGAGAAUAUUGCAAUUUAAAUAAUGUGGAGUCUAUACAAAAUUAUAACGGCCCAAUAUCUCUUAUACGUCGCACUGAAGAUGAAAUUAUUUCAGAGGAUAAUCGAAUUGAAACAAAUCGUGGAAACUACUUAGCUCUAACGCUAUUAAAGUAUCGUUAUCCGUUUAUAUUUAAGACUAGUCAGUUAACACGGAUGAAGAAAAUCUUAUCACGCCCUGUGGACCCCAAGAGCUUUUCAUUAUCCAAUGACGAUCUCUGCAUGUCACGGCUCAUAACGUAUGCUUCUGAUCAGGGCAAAUCAUUCCCAAUGCUAAUUGGUGAGGAUUACUCCGAGGACACUCGCGAUCAAAUGGCCGAAUUUUUGUUGAGAAAGCAUUUCCGUGACUACAAAUCGACGCAUUGCACACCAUUACCCAAAGACUAUUUUGACAUUCCAUGGGACAUUCCCAUCGAAAACGGUUUUGUUUUUACUUAAUUCACUUUAAAGAAUGUGUAGUAGCCAU